GGGAAGGCUUCGCGGGCACGAUGACGGGGAUGGAGGGGCUGCACAGGCGAUUAUUGACACAUUUCCUACCCCUCUGCAGCGUGUUCGUGACAACCAUUGCACAACCUGCCAACAGCAGCCCCUCCAUCCUCUGCGGAGAGACCACCUCACCACUCUGUCCCCUCGCCAGUGCCCACGCGGCCGUCCACACUGCUGUGCAUGCUGCUCUCGCGCCAGUCGUUGCUGAAGCGCUGCCCGACAACCCCCACGGCGUGCUCCGACGGCCAUUGAAGGGGUCACGGAGGCCGUCUUUCGUCAGCUGCGGGGGUUCGAUGUCGCCGAGUCCCUUCCGUAUGUCAUUGAGAUGGCGGGGCCGAGCGUCAGCAUCGUCGCCGGGAGCUCGCCUGAGGCCCUCCUGUUCACAAUCGACACGACAGUCAUCCUCGAAGACGGCCUCAUCUCUCUCAACACGACCACCAGCAAAAGCAGUGCCGACAUGGACACAGCCGAUUUCGGCGUCAUGGUGGCCGAGAUGGACACGGAGCAUCCGCAAAUCGGCGUCAGUCAGGACGGCACGAACGUGGCGCUUGCCCUUCCUAGGCGGCACGGGAACAGCACAGAGGGCUCAACAAACGACCAGCCGGGAAUGCUCAAGUCCCUCAGCGCCUACCAAGACGCCAUCGAUGCGCAGCAACGAGCAACGGUGGAGAGGCGGGAGCUGCAGCGUCACAAGCGCCGUGGGCAGACGCAGGCCUUCCUGCCUUCCGCCCUCACUGACCCCGUCAUUCCCGCAUCGCUGGACGCCGGCAAGCUUGUCAAGCCUCCCAUCACCGAGGCGCCCACUCAGGAGAAGGUGCCCAAUCUGCUGGUCCCCACUGUCGUGCCGGGCCAGGAGGGUGUGUUGCCGCGAUUUGAUGAACUCUACGAUGCCGUGCCCAACACCAAUUGUGAGCCUUGCCAAACACAUGAAUCACGGGUCGACCAUCAUUUCCCGUGCGCCAUUUGAUACCUGUAUCAAUGAACACAUGAUCUCACUUGCGUGUGCGUGUUGUGACAGUGGGUGACGCGUUGAGGGCAAUUGGUAUCCCAAUCACACAGCGAUACGUCAACAGCACUGUCGGGCAAGUGCAGAAAGCUAUUGGUGACAUUGUCAACACAAUCGAGGUCAGUCCCUCCCCACACAGAUGGAAGGCAAAGAAACGACUGUUUGUUCUCUCUUGCAAACAACGUUUGCGUCUUUUGGCCCGUCUCAGGAAUUUGCCACUGCCUACCUGACUGAGGAGAACCUUGAUCGACUGGAGCUGGAGCCGAUUGUGAGUGGGAUUGAGCGGGCAACGGUUGCUUUGUCGCCUCUUUAUCAAGUCAAUGACACGGACCCAAUAUGGACGUUUGCAAAGUCCAUCACCGAGAACGUCUGGCAGGCCUCAGAGCUGGUCGAUCGCCAAGAGGCCCAGCGGCUGGUGGACGACGAAGUGCAGAACCGCCUGACCGAUGCAAUCGCGUAAGGCAUGGACCCAUGUGGGUCCGUAGUGGAGCAAUAGCUGAGUCCACCGGCUGUGGUGUGCAGGUGCGCGAUUAUCGGCAACUCCAACUCCGAGAAAUGUCCUGUGGACACGGCAUUUCCCGUGUUUGGCGAGCCGAGCGCCACCACGCCCACACCUGGCGGAGUCCUCAACUCAUUCGGAUUCUUUCGUAAGCCGCUGACGACCGAAGGACACCGUCCGACACAAGUGGAUAUGCGCGUGUGUCAAGAGUACAUUGAGGUUAGCGGUUUUGUGCCCCUUUGCCAGCCCGUCAACUUUGGCGGUGGGGUGGGCUGCAUUGUUGGUCGAUCGCUCGAGCCCGAGCAGUUCGAUGGCCUCUACACAUUUGACGUGCUGGAUGAGGCCGGCUUCCCGAUCUAUGCCAAGGGUUUGGCUUUUACUGGCGAGAUAGUCGACUUUCCGGCCGACCAGUCCGCAAACAGUCUGCUACUGUCGCGCACGCCUGGCGAGGUCGGGUCCAACGCCUUCCUUCCUGAGUUUGGCACAUUUGGUCAGCUUUGGUCAUGAUUGUGACUGAUAGUCUUAUAGUCGCGCUUAAUGGAAUACUGAUGUUUUGAAUUAUCUCCUGUCCACAUACACCAAUCAUCACAUCUCAUGCAGGUACCAUCACAGUCAACGUCGACGACUUCUCGGUACGCUCGGGGCGGGUGGCUGUGUCCAGCGAUGCGAGCCUUUCUCCAUGUGUGUGCGCAGCAAAUAGGUUUGGGUCAGCGUCCGCCGUUCGCAUCGACGACAGCGCGGGAGGGCGAGAGCAUCGCUCCCAUAACGUGUGACGCCGUGGACCCGUUUGGUGGAGAUGGCUUUCCUUUGUGCCUCUCCGGCGGCACGUGGAUCCUUGGCCGUGCCGGCUCCGGCACCUGCACAGGGCUGCUUGUCCAGGGCGGCGCAUCAUGCAUCUUCGGGUUGCCCAGCCCGCAGACGGAGGAAGUGUCCAUUACACCGGUCGAUUGCCCGGAAGGAUUGCCCUCCCCAUACCCAAGACCAUAAACCAAGAGAUUAGAAAAUCGAUGGAUGGUAUGAAUGAAUGCAUGCGUGUGUUCCUGUUCAUGAUGGCCGAGUGGGGGUUUCGUGGGUUUUGUAGUUAGGCCACUGUGCUCUGCUUGAUGCUUCCAUGUGUGCGCGUGGAUCUCUAAGGCACUGAUACACGCCUACUCAUGGGUCUGUAUGUGUGUCUGGCGCCAACUUGAUGUCCUCUCUCAUUGGUGGUCUGUCCGGUCAUGUCAUCCUCGUGUGUGUGCGCGUUGUGACAGUGUGUGUGUCCGUCGUUUGCCGGCCGUUCUGGUGGUAGAAUUUGCGGAUGCACAGCCAGCCAUUUCCCUCUCUCUCUCGCGCACUCUGUCUCACUCUGUCUCUGUCCAUCUGGGUGGCAGAUGCAGUUAGGAGGGAGGCAUGUCGAGAGCUUUGUACAUGACUGUUUUCAAGCGGGUUUCUCUCUGUCUGCUGUCGCUGUCAUGAUGAGUGUGGUCGGCGGCGCAGGCAUGGUGCUGGUACAGAAGCUUUGUUGCACGAUUGGGUGGAAAGGUGUUUUUUCAUCCGAUCGUGUGGUUUGUGGUCCUGUCUUGAAUGCGCACAGGUGUCUCACCUGAUAAAUGAAUGAUGGGCUUGUGUGCUACAAGCGAUCAUCAGCUGUGACUCGACAGCGUCGCAAGAGCGUGUGACUGCUCAGACACAUGAUGUUGAUAUCCAUCACAUGUGAAUGUGUGAUGCCUCAUGCACAGCAAUGCAUCAG